AUGCCUGCCAAGAGGAAGGAGGAGCUGAGCUGGCCCUGCCGUGGUGGGAAGCCAAGAAAAGAGAUUUGCUAUGAACCGUUUGGCUGCUUUUCUGAUGAAAAACCAUGGACUGGAACGCUUCAGCGGCCUUUAAAGUUACUUCCCUGGUCCCCCGAGGACAUCGACGCUCACUUUCUUCUAUACACAAAUGAGAAUCCAAAUAACUACCAACGGAUCAAUAUCACUGACCUAGCCACUGUCAAAGCUUCAAACUUCCAACUGGACCGCAAGACACGCUUCGUCAUCCACGGCUUUAUAGAUGAUGGGGAUUCAGGCUGGCCUACUGACGUGUGCAAGAAAAUGUUUAAAGUGGAGAAGGUGAACUGCAUCUGUGUGGACUGGGAACACGGGGCGUGGACAGAAUAUACCCAAGCCGUCCAAAACACUCGGGUCGUGGGAGCAGAGAUAGCAUUCUUCAUACAAGGACUGUCGACUGAGCUGGGCUAUGGCCCGGAGAACGUGCAUCUCAUUGGCCACAGCCUGGGUGCGCAACUGGCCGCGGAGGCCGGCAGGAGGCUGGGGGGCCGAGUGGGCAGGAUCACAGGACUCUGGGACCACUUUCCUCCCCGCUCCCUGUUCACGUCUGCUGCCAAUGUUUCAGGUUUUGGAACAAUACAAAAGGUGGGCCACCUGGACUUCUACCCAAAUGGAGGAAAGGAAAUGCCUGGGUGUCAGAAAAAUAUCCUGUCAACCAUCAUAGAUAUAAAUGGAAUAUGGCAAGGAAUCCAAGACUUCAUGGCCUGCAGUCACUUACGAAGCUACAGGUACUACUCAAGCAGCAUUCUCAACCCCGAUGGCUUCCUAGGCUACCCAUGCGCCUCCUACGAAGACUUUCAGGAGGGUGGCUGUUUUCCUUGUCCAGAGGGAGGAUGUCCCAAAAUGGGGCACUAUGCUGACCAAUUCCAGGGGAAAAGCAGAGCGGUGGGACAAACCUUUUUCCUGAACACUGGGAGCAGUGGUAACUUUACAAGUUGGAGAUAUAGGGUAUCCGUCACACUGGCUGGAACAAAGAAAGUGAGGGGGUACAUCAGAAUUGCUUUGUAUGGAAGUAAUGGAAACUCAAAACAAUAUCAAAUUUUCAAAGGAUCCCUCCAACCAGAUGCAAGUCAUAUGCAUGACAUUGAUGUGGACCUCAAUAUUGGAAAAGUCCAGAAGGUCAAGUUCCUUUGGAACAACAAUGUGAUAAAUCUCUUCCGGCCCAAAUUAGGGGCUUCCAGAAUUACAGUGCAAGGUGGUGAAGAUAGGACUGAGUAUAAUUUUUGCAGCAACGACACAGUGCAAGAAGAUGUGUUACAAGCCCUCUACCCUUGUUAAAAAUGUGGUGCCUCCUAUAUCUUUGUGAUAAUAAAAUUUCAAUGGCCUAGUUCUGA